UGCCUAUCUCCCUUUGCCAGGGGGCAGAGAAAUGAUGGAGGUGAAUAGCACUUGCUUGGAUUGCAGGACACCUGGUACCAUACGAACAGAGCAGGAUGCACAGGACAGCGCAUCUCAGGGACUCACCUCUGCCCUGGCGGUGGUUCUUAUAUUCACCAUUGUUGUGGAUGUCCUGGGCAAUAUAUUGGUCAUUUUGUCUGUCCUGAGGAACAAGAAGCUGCAGAAUGCUGGAAAUCUCUUUGUUGUCAGUUUGUCUAUUGCCGAUCUGGUUGUUGCUGUGUAUCCCUAUCCGGUAAUUCUCAUAGCUAUUUUCCAGAAUGGGUGGACGCUUGGAAAUAUCCAUUGUCAGAUCAGUGGCUUCCUGAUGGGACUCAGCGUUAUUGGAUCAGUCUUCAACAUAACAGCCAUAGCUAUCAACAGGUAUUGCUACAUCUGCCACAGCCUGAGAUAUGACAAGCUUUAUAAUCAAAGAAGCACCUGGUGCUACCUUGGCCUGACAUGGAUACUAACUAUAAUUGCAAUCGUGCCAAACUUUUUUGUUGGAUCACUACAGUAUGACCCCAGGAUUUUUUCUUGCACAUUUGCGCAGACAGUGAGUUCCUCAUACACCAUAACAGUAGUGGUGGUGCAUUUUAUAGUCCCUCUUAGUGUUGUGACAUUCUGUUACUUAAGAAUAUGGGUUUUAGUGAUCCAAGUCAAACACAGAGUUAGACAAGACUUCAAGCAAAAGUUGACACAAACAGACUUGAGAAAUUUCUUGACCAUGUUUGUGGUCUUUGUACUUUUUGCAGUUUGCUGGGCCCCCUUAAACUUUAUCGGCCUUGCUGUGGCCAUUAAUCCGUUUCAUGUGGCACCAAAGAUUCCAGAAUGGCUGUUUGUUUUAAGCUAUUUCAUGGCCUAUUUUAACAGUUGUCUCAAUGCUGUUAUAUAUGGUGUGCUAAAUCAAAACUUCCGCAAGGAGUACAAAAGAAUACUGAUGUCCUUAUUGACUCCAAGACUGUUGUUUCUUGACACAUCUAGAGGAGGAACUGAGGGAUUGAAAAGUAAGCCUUCGCCAGCUGUAACCAACAACAAUCAAGCAGAUAUGCUAGGAGAAGCAAGGUCACUGUGGCUGAGCAGGAGAAAUGGUGCGAAAAUGGUGAUCAUCAUCAGGCCAAGAAAAGCACAAAUUGCAAUCAUCCAUCAAAUAUUCUGGCCUCAGAGUUCAUGGGCAACAUGCCGUCAAGACACAAAGAUUACCGGAGAAGAAGAUGGCUGCCGUGAACUGUGCAAGGACGGGAUUUCCCAAAGGUGAGACCCAAUGCACUAUAUCCACAUUAU